AUGAUACUGCCUAAGAGAGGGAAGCUGCUGCUGUUCCUGGCUUCUCAGAUGGCAGUCAUAGCUCUCUUCUUCCAUGUGUCCAGCCAUGGGGGAUUGUUCCAGAGCGAAGAGCCCCAGAGGCCUGUGCACGUCCUGGUCCUGUCUUCCUGGCGGUCAGGAUCCUCCUUUGUGGGGCAGAUUUUUGGGCAGCACCCAGAUGUCUUCUACCUGAUGGAGCCUGCCUGGCAUGUGUGGAUGAGUUUCACCACCAGCACCGCCUGGAAGCUGCAGAUGGCGACUCGGGACCUUUUGCGUUCCGUCUUCCUGUGUGACAUGAGUGUCUUCGACGCCUACAUGAAGCCAGGCCCCCGGAAACAGUCCAGCCUCUUCCAGUGGGAGCAAAGCCGGGCCCUAUGCUCGUCACCUGUGUGUGACUUCUUCUCUAGUGACCAGAUCAGCUCCCCGAACAACUGCAGGAUGCUCUGUGCUCAGCAACCCUUUGAUAUGGUGGAGAAGGCCUGCGGCUCUCACAGUCACGUGGUACUCAAGGAGGUGCGUUUCUUCAACUUGCAGGCCCUUUACCCACUGCUCACAGACCCUUCCCUCAACCUGCAUGUCGUACACCUGGUCCGAGACCCCCGGGCCGUGUUCCGAUCUCGGGAACACACCAAAGGAGACCUCAUGAUUGACAGUCGUAUGGUGCUGGGGGAGAAUUUGAAAAUGAUCAAGGAGGCAGACCAUCCCUAUUAUGUCAUGCAGAUCAUCUGCAAAAGCCACGUAGACAUAGUCAAAGCCAUCCAAGCCCUGCCCGAAGACCUGCAGCGGCGCUUCCUGCUCCUGAGGUAUGAGGACCUGGUUCAGGCACCCCUGGCCCAGACCUCCAGGCUAUACGAAUUUGUGAGGUUGAAAUUCUUGCCGCAUCUCCAAACCUGGAUUCACAACGUCACCCGCGGGAAGGGCAUGGGCCAGCAUGCCUUCCACACUGGCUCCAGGGAUGCCAUCAAUGUCUCCCAGGCAUGGCGUUGGUCCUUGCCUUAUAAAAAGGUUUCUCAACUUCAAGAUGUCUGUAGUGAGGCUAUGGAUUUGCUGGGAUACCUUCAGGUCAAAUCCCAACAAGAGCAAGGCAACCUGUCUCUGAAUCUUCUGUCUUCCUCCCACACCUUGGGAAAAGUCUACCAAGAAGGCUUAGGGGAUCUGUCUGCAUCAGAUGGUUCCAGCCUCAGCCACCAUUAAAUGAUCCCAAGCCUUAACAGUAUCAACAGACGAGCAAACAGAAGAGUCUUUGUGUCUGUACUCAGAUCUACACUGCAUCUGAGCCUAAAGCCAAGAAACAAUCUCUUUCUCUCUUGAAGAGACAGACUCGGGAACCUUGAGCAGCCCCUUCAGCCCACCGAGUGAGACUGCCACCCUCCUUCUGGACUGGAGACCCACUAGACACACCAAGCAGCAUCCACAGAGCAAGUCCAUAAACCUCCCUGUCCACGUCCCCCCAGUGAGAAAGGGGGAGACUAAAAACCAGGGAACCGGGGCUUUCACCAAAGGGCUCCCAGCAACUUCUGCAGAGACCCGGACUCAGAGUUCCCAGCACAUUCAAGGAAGCAGGAGCAGGGGUGGUCGCUCACCUGUGAGUCUGCCUAUUGCACUGUCAGUUACCACAAACAGGAAGCAAACACCCCGCCCAUCCAGACCAGCGCUCAAGUUCACAGUGUGGUUGGUCUGGACGGCGGGAGUGGACAGCGUCUCUCCUCAGUGUUUUCCUGACAUCUGUUAAACUGCCCUGCAGCGAUAUGAAAAUUGCAACCCAAGCUUCUGCUUCCUCUUGGAUGUUUUCUAACUACCAGUAGCCAAUUCUCAUGAGGCUCUAAAAAUGGACAUAAUCAUCUUUGUAGAGUUUUUUUAUUGUCUUUUGCUAUUAUCUAACAUAUAUAAAAAAACCACUACCAUUUUUGGAGUCAGAUGAUGAAUUGAGCCUCUGUUGCCUUAAGAAUUGGUGGAGGGCAGCUGCAUUAGCUGAACACCAUUGCAAAAAGCAACUUUGGGGAGAACAGAUUAUUUGGUUUAUAAUCCCAGUGGGUACAGUUCAUCAUGGUGGGUAAGGCAUGGUAGCAGAGGUGUAAGGCUAGCAUAUCAUAUUUCACCCACACACAGGACACAGAGAGAAGAACAGGAAGUUGGGCCAGGCUGUAAAACCGGAAAACCCACCCCCCAGUGACACACUUCCUCCAGCAAGGCUCCACCCAAAAGUUCUGUGACUUUCCCAAACAGCACCACCCACUGGGGACCUAGUGGUGAACUACAUGAGCCUAUGUGGGACAUUGUAUAUUCAAAUACAACGGCGACAACCAGCAACUCAGCCCUUUCCUGUGCGAUGCAUGCAUUGUAACAAUGUGUGGAUCACUUUGGGAGCUCUGCACGUGAUUCUUUUAUGAAGGCCUCAGUUCUAGCCUUCCUCUCCUCCCGUUACUAAUGGUUGUCUCCCCUAAUACGGAAAAUUGUUUCUCCCAGUCUUUGCAGAUGUCCCCAGAUCCAGCUGUGCUUUGGGACCACCUUGUACAAAUGCACACAGCCAAGUGCUUCCUCAAGGCUGGUGGGAUCAGAGCCUCUCGGUGUGGAAUUCUGGAUGCUCAUCCCACUGCCCGGCUGGCUGUCCAGGGCCUACUCACCUCCUGUGGCACAAGGUGCCUCCUAUGCUAGACAGCAGCAAGAUUCACUUCCUGCCUCCAAGACAGGCUAAACACAUGUCUUUCUAUAGGAAGUGCCGGAGAGGUGGCCCAGAGGUUAAGAGUAUGUACUCUCGGAGAGGACCUGAGUUCAGUGUCCAGCACCUAGGUUGUGUGGCUCUCACAAUUGCCAACUUAAGGAUCUGGAUCUCUUUUGUGAUGGACACCUGCACAAGCAUUGUAUACACACACACACACACACACACACACACAGAGAGAGAGAGAGAGAGAGAGAGAGAGAGAGAGAGAGAGAGAGAGACAGACAGACAGACAGACAGACAGAGACAGAGGUCAAAAUUCUCUCCCACCAUUCUUCUGAGCAGCAACGGUGUGCUCCAUCAUCUGAGAUACUUGAGUAUCUAGCUGCCUUUACUAGCAGGGUUGGUUGGAGUUAAUUUAUGUACCGCUUCAGAGGAGAAAAUUUAUUCUACCAUCCACAUCCAAAUAACUCCCGGAACUCCUCAAGAGCUUAGGACCUGGGGCUGGAGAGAUGGCUUAGUUGGUAAAUUGCUUGCCACACAGGCGCAAGGACCUGAGUUCAGAGGCCCAGAACCCAUCUUAAACCCUGGGCGUGAUGGUGGGCGACUGGACUCUCAGUGCCACUGCGCGGGAGCGGUAGAUCCCUGAAGCUCAUUGGCCAGCAAACCUGACCAAUACAAGCUUCAGGUUCAAUUAGAGACCUCAUCUCAAAAAAUAAUGCAUGGGGGCUGGAGAGACAGCUCAACACUCCGGAGAACUGACUGUCCUUCCAGGGGACCUCGGUUCAGUUCCCAGCACCCACAUGAUGGCCCACAACUGUCUGAAACCCCAGUCCCAGAGGGAUCCAAAACCCUCUUCUGGCCUCCAAGGCAUGCAUGUGGCACACAGACAUGCAGACAAAACAUCCAUAUGUCUAAUAAAUAAAGUUAAAAAAUAAAGUGGAGAGCAAUAGGGAACUUCAACUACAAUUUAACAGCAUUUCUAUCUAUAAUUUCUGUGUGGUUUCACU